GGAUAUAAUAGUGUAGUAACUGACAGUUGUUUUAGUAUGUCAGCAAUGUUUUAGGUACGUCUCUAGCCAAUGCCAAAUUGCCAACUAACCACUAACUUGUGAUGAAUAUUUUAUUAGAAAUUUAUAUUUGAAUACGGUUCAAUGAUCAGUAUCUGGCAAAGUUUGUACUACGUUGUACAUUGCAAAUGCAGAAGUAAUGGCUCGUUAUUAUUUUCAGUGAAAAGGUUUCAUAAAUGAGUCAUAGAUGAUGAACAGUUUGAACUCCUUGUAAAGUUACUUAAAAGUUUUGAAAAAUGUCUGAACGAAGAGGCACUAAAGCUCUGGAGUUGUGGUGUAAGCGGUUAGUUAAAGAUUGCCCUGAAGUGCACAUAGAUAAUAUGACAACAUCCUGGAGAAAUGGCAUAGCAUUUUGUGCAUUGGUUCAUCAUUUUAGACCUGAUUUAAUUGAUAUGUCCAAGUUGAAUCCUGAAAAUAUAUAUGAGAAUAAUAAACUGGCUUAUAGUGUUGCUGAGAAGCACUUAGGUAUUCCUGCAUUAUUAGACCCUGAGGACAUGGUUGAAAACGAUGUACCAGACAGGUUGUCAAUAUUGACUUAUUUGUCCCAAUUUUAUCAACGUCUAGGACACACAGUGAAUGCAAAAGUAUCUGAAAGUGAGUCCAAGGUAUCGCCUCAAACAGCCAGUGCGGAGUCUUCAGCACCAAUAAGGUUUGGCAAGACUGGUCUAGACAAAUGUGCAGCAUGUGGCCUGCCUGUGUACCUUGCUCAGCGUCUACUCGUAUCUCACAAACUGUACCACAGAAGAUGUUUCCGUUGUUCUAAGUGCUCUGGACAUCUAAAUCCUAAGAAUUUCGAGAUAGUUGAAGGAUCUGAAUUUACCUGUGAUAGUUGUAAAAAUGAAAAGACUUUAUCAAAAUAUCUUAAUAAUAAUGAUCAUGAUCAAAUGGGAAUGCUGGCAUUCACUGACACUGUGAAUGAGACCAAAUCAGUCUCAAAUGAGGAGUCAGUUAUUCCUAAAAACAAACCAAGACCACAGUCUAUUUUGGACAAAAUUAACAUGUUCGAAAAAAAUAUAGAAAAAGAUACUAAUAUUGAAUACAAAAUCUCAAAUAUUUCUUUAAAAGACAAUAGUAUUAGUAAAUCUGAAGAACUUAGCACUACUAGUAGAUCUCAUUGUGAAGCAGACACGCAACCGGAAUUGAUAAGUACGACUACGAAAAUGGAAGACGAAAAAAUACUAAGCAACAAUAUUCCAGAGAAAGUGUACAAAAGUAACAUGGAGAAGUUUAAUUUUCUACAAACACAACUAGCGGAAGACAUUAUAAAUGAUGAUAAUACUAUCGAAACUGUAGAUGUAAUCAAAACAAGUAACAAAGACAAAGACUGUGUUAAUACAAUUGACCAUAAUACAAUUAGUGUAGAGGACAUAAACGAUGCAAGCAGCAGUGUACAUACAAAGACUAGCAAUGUAACAGAUGAUAACAGAAUAGCCAACAGCUCAUCCACAGUCAUGGAACAAUCUCCAGAAAUAGAACGACCUCCAGAAAUACAACAACCCACAGAAACUCAACCAGACCCAGAAAUAAGUAUAAGUGUUCCUCCAAGAAGAAAGAAACAAAAUGCUUUGGAGAAAGCUUUAGCCACUGCUAUGAAAAAGGAACAAGAAUCUAAGUUGGACAGCAAAGAGUAUCCUGACCAUUUAAAUCCCUUCUCGGAUGAUGAUGAAAAAGAGGAAGUUGCCCCUUCAACUAAAAAAGUUAGUACAAAUCCUUUUGGUAGCAGCGACGAAGAAGACGAUGAUGUGCCACCCAUUCCACAAGCUCCUAAACCUGAGACUACGACACCAGUUAAAAGGCUUAUUGCAGUCAAUCCGUUCUGGUCCGAUGGCGAAGAACCUUCUUCAGAUGAAGAAGAAACACACAAUAAUAGUUCAAUGUAUAGAUCUUCAAUGGCAACAAGCACUCCGAAUCUCCCUGGAAGUACACCCCGAAGGAAGAAGGGCAAGGCGCCGCCGCCGCCCCCAGCCAUAUCUAUCACAGAGGCGCCGCGACUACAAAACCCGGCGCUUACAAACUCCAUGGACGAUGUCGCCAGCAUAUCCUCUUUGAGCUCAUACAACUCCACCAUUAACUCUGACCAAAAAUCGAUCGGCAAGUCUACGCCAACGCUCAAGAAGAGGCGGCCUGCACCGACCCCACCUGACAGUUUGUCGACAUUAUCAGGAGGAUACGGUUCCUUGGAGAAAGGCAUCAACAAUUCUGGUAUGAGGAGCAUCAAUUCCGAAGGUCUACACACAAGUGGACGAAAAACUAAGGGCCCUGCACCAGGCCUACCACUGCCAGAACGUCGCGAGGUCAAACUACAAAUGUCGCCGGAAGAAUUACAAGUACAAUUGGACCUAUUGGAGACUCAACAACUUGGCCUCGAGCGUCAAGGCGUGCUCAUAGAACGCAUGAUUCGCGACAAGUGUGACGAGGCUGAAACGGUGCCACAAGAGGAAGUCGAAGAUUUAGUCAUUCAACUGUGUGAACUAGUCAAUGAGAAAAACGACUUGUUCAGAAAGCAAACUGAAUUGAUGUACAUACGACGACAACAACGGUUGGAACAAGAACAAGCUGACAUUGAACAUGAAAUACGUAUCAUUCAAUCACGACCGGCCGUUAACCGCAUCGAUGCGGAUAAGGCCCGAGAAGAAAAAUUGGUUUUACGGCUUGUGGAAAUAGUUCGCAUGCGUGAUGAAUUAGUUCAGCAAAUUGAUGCAGAACGUCGACGCGAACGUCAAGAGGAUUUGGCUAUUGCGGCUUCUAUCGCCAAUAAGAGAGCCCAAAGAAAUAGUGAAUCAAACAGUUCAUCCAUGAAAUCAGUUGAAGUAAUACCAACUCCCAAAAAAAGUAAGGUAAAGGACAAAGUUAAGAAACAAUUGAAGAAAGCAAAACAUACAUUAAUUUCUAAAAAGAAGGAAGAUUCAAGUGAUCGCAAAGAAGAGAAAGAAAAAGAUAAAGAGAAAAGAGUAAAAUGAUAGUACGUAUGAGUUCUGGACACAUUAAUUUUAUUAUUAUUUUCAUCCAAAUUAAAUCAUUUUUGGCAUGAAUAAGUUAUGUUUCGUUAUAAGCUCGUAGCACGUACUUAUACGUAAGACUGAAACAUUCCACUAAUUAUAUUAUACAUUUUAUUUAUACACAUUAAAAUAUUGGGAAAGUUAUUCAUAUCCAACUCAAAGUUGAAUUAUAAGAACAAGUUAUCAUUUCAAAAAUUGAAAUGUGGAAAUUACGUGCCAGAAUUUAGAUGUGUAGAAAGUUAUCUUAAGAAUUGAUCUGUUGACUAUCUUUAGUUUGUGCCAGCUAUGUACUGGAGAACGCAUAAUGAUAGGAAAUAUAAUUAGUAGUCAAUCAGCAAGUGCACAUUGCAAUAUAGAUAACAAUAUGCACCAAAAUUAUUUUAAGUUAUAUUCGAAUUGAUCGCAUAAUUACUAACAAGUGCCUAAAAUAAUUGGUAUUAUUAGAAAUGCUUUAAUUAUUAAAAUUAUAAAAACAUUUGUAUUUUUUCUGAAACAGGCAAUAUAUUUUAUUUUUUUAUUUUUAUUACUGUUAAGUUUUACAAUGUAUAAUAUCACAUUAAGUAAUAUAAUAACUGUGUACUUAAGAAUACUAUUCAAUUGGCAGUGGAAGUUUAAAGUGGAAUAAAAUAAUAAAUUGUCAGUAUUAUACUUACUCAGUAACAGGCUAAGUACUAUUUUUCAUUUUUUUUUUAAGAUACUAAAAGUAAAAAAAGACGUUUCGGUAAUAGAAAAAUAUAUUUAUUAUCUAUUAAUGUAAAAGUAAAUGUAGACAACAAAUUUGGAUACAAUUAAUUUAAUCACAAUUUUCAUUAGUACAUCAUCAGGCAAUAGUACAAUUUUGUAAGUACUGUCAAAUUUACUGGCUUUUUGCGUUAAUUAAGUGUCAUUAUAAGUUUGUACAUCAUCAAUAUCACUAGAGGCUUUAGACGAAAUACAGGAAUUAUCCACACAACUUAUACAUACAUAUAUACCCAAGAACUGUAACACAAUCAUUAUUCAUAUUCCACCCAUAAGUCUAUGAGUACCAUUGUUAUAUUGUAGUCAAUUCUAAUACUCGUCUUCCGAAUUAUCGAAAUACAUAUUAUUAUAUUUGUUGCUAAAUGCUAACGCAUCAAAACAUAUUAUAUUUUUAAAAUUAUUUUUAUAGUAGAUUUACUAAUAGCUAGUCUUUUGCGCCCACAUUUCUUGAUCGUUUAUUUUGAUACAUUUUAUUUUUUAAUUUCGUUUUUAGUUUGUAGUACGACUAAUUCAUUGUAAUAGAGGUAUUACGGACAGUACACUUUUUAUUGAGCUAACUAACAACACAAUUUUUGUUUGGCGAAAUAGCACAAAAAUAAUUUUAUUCUAAUGCACAACAAAUAACAAUAAAAAUUGAGUUCCAGUUGAAACGAAUUUCAUUUAAAAAAUCCUACUCCCGGUUUUUUAUUUAUCCUAUUCAUGUACUGUAUAUGUAGAAAGAUAAAAUUAAAAAGACAUGCUGAUUUAAUUCCAAAUUAAAAAUGGUGCACCAUUGCUGUUUUGGUAUCAGAAAAUUUUACUACACUAAGUUAAAAGUAACACCUUAUUUUCUUAAAAUCUUUUAUUGCAGUUUUUAUUGUCACAAGUAACAUGUGUACAUGAUCUAAAUACCAAGAUGCAGCAUUUCAUAACCAAGCAUAAAAUAUCAAUAAAUUAAAACCCCCAUUUAAUUUAAUACAAAACAUUAAAAUAUGAUUUUAUUAUGUUACAUUGUGAUGCCCUUAUGACAUUGUGAUAGUGACAUGACCACUGACACUUGAAAACUUGAAAUGCUGUAUCUGAUAUCGCUCAUGUAUGUGUGUAGAAAA